AUGCCUGACGAUCCAGCUCAACAAGCUGCAGUCACGGCACCAACUGUCAUCUGUCCUGGCGUGCUGCCUCAGCGGGAUUCUGCUAUUUUUGCGGGUACCAGUGAUCAGCACGUCGAGGACUGGCUCGCCUCGUACGACAGAGAACGGUUCCAAAUGCCAGGUACAAAAAUACGCCAGUGUGUCCUGCUUCUCCUUUGGUGCACCAGCGCGCAUGGCGGCGAUGUAGAACGAGCGACAUCUCUCGGCACUGUAUUGGGAAGGAAGUUGAGCUUGCUGAACACCAUUGUCGAAGAGUACAUCGGAAUCCCUUAUGCGGAGCCUCCAUUAGGGGAACUGCGCUUUCGUCCUCCGCUUCCUUCGAGGCCAUGGACGGACACAUUCGACGCCACGACGGAAAGGACAGCUUGUCCGCAGCGACUUCUUCCGGGCCUCAUGGCGGGCGACGUCACUUACACCGAGGAUUGCCUCCGCCUCAAUGUCUGGACGGCACUUCCGCAGCAAUGCCUUGACACAGACCUGUCACCAGUCCUAGUGUGGAUCCACGGAGGCGGUUUUUCGUACGGCAGUGCCUCCUACGAUAAUUACACGGGUUCAAUCUUGGCCGCAAAAACGGGCCUCGUGGUGAUCUCUAUGAACUACCGCCUGGGGGCGCUGGGCUUCCUUGACGCGAGCUCGCCGGAAUCUCCAGGCAACGUGGGGCUCAUGGACCAGAACCUGGCUCUUCGCUGGAUCAGGGACAAUGCUGCAUUUUUCGGCGGGGAUUCCUCCAGAGUCACCCUUUUCGGUCAGAGCGCCGGAGCCCUGAGCGUUCACGGUCACAUGCUGUCUCCCAUGAGCAACGGUCUCUUCGUGAGAGCCGUCAUGCUCAGUGGAGCAUUGUAUACCGUCGACUCUUACAACUCUCCAUCGUACAGCCUACGCACGGGAGAGCGACUCGCCGUGCUGACAGGAAUUCCUACAAGAGAGACUGGAUGGCGUCGAGAGCGACAGAAUUAA